AUGAAAUCGACAGCAAUUCGAGAAGCUACAGCAGUUGCUAAGUUGAAAGCUAAAAAAAGUAACUUUGUGUAUGGUUGUGGUUUCGGAAAAACAGGAAGUCUUUUUACGAGGGCAUUGCGAGAAACCGGACAGAAAGGAUUCAAGAAUCCCAGACAAAUCCAAUAUUUUAAUUCGCGUAAUAUUCGUCAUAUUGCAGCCGGGUUUGGCUUCUCAGUUUUGGCAUCGGAUCGGAAACUUUAUGGUGGUGGUGUUGAUAUUUUUAGCAACGAUUUAGAUAAUAGCAAUUAUUGGAGUGAAGGUAUUUGCUUGAAUGCUAAUAGGGAUGAGGGAUUUGGUAAUAUAAUAGCCGUUUCGGCUGGCCGACGACAUUUUCUGGUUGCAUCAAAAAAAGCAGUCUAUGCAUUUGGUGACAAUGCUCAUGGACAGUGCGGACAGGAUCCUGAAAAUGUACCCUUUGUGAGACUGGAAAAUAAACCAUAUGAAAAAAUUACGAUUCCUUCGGAUUCAGAAAUUGCUCGGAUACAUUGUACACUAGAUACAUCAUUCAUCAUUCUGGAUUCUGGUGAGGUAUUUUCAUUCGGAUUAGGUAUAGACGGACAAUUGGGACGCGGAAAAUGCAAAUAUGAUUGGCGUUGUUUACCAGUUGAAGGUGAUUUGAAGGGAUUGAAAGUAGCAACUUUAAGAGGAAGCACGGAUACUUUGAUGGCGGUGACAAAGAACGGCGAAUUAUUCAUGUGGGGACAGAAUGAAUACGAGCAAAUGUAUCCAUUUGUAAAAGACAUUCAAAGCAGUUUUCCAUGUGAGAUUCGUCUUUCAAUGGAGAAAAUUGCACUAGCAGAUUCUACGGCAACUUCUUGUAUAGCAUUAAGUAGCAAUGAUCAAGUUUAUGUUUGGGGUUUUGGAAUCCUCGGUAUGGGACCCAAUGUUACGUCACUACGACGACCGGCGCUCCUGGAAAAUAAUCUUUUCAGCGGUGGUCCAAAUGAUUCGGGUAAAGUCAAGAAGGUUUUUGCUGGUAAUUCCUCGAUGUUUGCUGUUUCAAGAAUGGAUAAUCUGUUUUCUUGGGGUCUUAACAGGUUCUCUCAUUUAGGUCUUUCACAUGACAAAGACCAACAUUUCCCAUUCCAAGUUGAUAUAUUAAAGAGGCCGUUAGAUGUCUCCGUUGCACCUGAUCAUGUGUUGUUCUUGAUGAGUUGA